AUGUCUAGCUCCUCCUCCACCAUGGCCCAAGGAGGCCCUGUCCACGAUAUUCCAGCGCAUUUCCUCCACUCACCGGUUGACCGCGAGUCCACACACCUGCCUAAUGCCAUUUCCCACCGAGGGUUCAAAGGGCAAUAUCCCGAAAACACCCUUCUUGCAAUCGAUGAAGCCAUUAAAGCUGGAACACAAGCUCUCGAGCUCGAUCUUCACAUCUCCCGGGAUGGAGAAGUGGUGCUGUCGCACGAUGCUUCCCUCAAGCGCUGCUUUGGAGUGAAGAAGAAAGUUGCUGAAUGUGACUGGGAGUAUCUCAACACCCUACGUACUGUUCAGGCUCCCCAUGAGCCCAUGCCCCGUCUAGUCGAUGUGUUGGAAUACCUGAGACAGGCGGGCCGUGAGCAUAUCUGGGUCAUGCUAGAUAUCAAACUCACGAAUGAACCUGCCGAGAUAAUGCAACGAAUUGCCCAAACGAUCGAGACAGUACCCAUUCCUCGGAUCGGCCCCGACUGGCACAGACGAGUCGUCCUCGGUUGUUGGUCAUCACGCUACCUACCCGCCCGAACAAAAUAUCUGCCUCGCUAUGCCGUCUCACUGGUGUGUGUCGAUGUGGGCUAUGCCAGGCAAUUCCUCCAAGUCCCGCGGCUAUCCUUCAACAUCAAUCAGAUGGCCUUGAUGGGCCCGCUAGGUCGAGGAUUCCUAGAGGAAGCCCAAGCAGCUCGGCGCCGAGUGUAUGUCUGGACGGUCAACGCCCCGAACCUGAUGCGUUGGUGUAUCCGACAUAAGAUCGACGGUGUAAUAUCCGACGAACCAGGUCGAUUCCGACAAGUCUGCGCCGAGUGGGAGAAGGAACAGUCGGGCGGACUUGGUCUGCCAGACCCCAAGCUGGAUCGGAUUACCUUGAGACAGCGGGUGGAGAUGUACGCCGUGACGGUUUAUGUUGUUGUGUUUGGCUGGUUAGUCAAACGCAAGUACUUCCCUCCUCUUGAGCAGGUGCAUUUCGAAGAAAAUAAGUUGGAAUAG